AUGGCUCCUCCUGCUACAGACUGAGACGGAGCUGGCACCGAGAGGCGAUACGGGGGGGAGCUGAACCACCACCACCGCGGAGAGAAAAAGCCAUUCCGCCCCAAAUACCAGCGGGUUUUCGGUCGCACUCGUUCGGGUGUGUUUGGAAAAAGGGCCGUCCGGGUUGUAGUGUGGGUCGCGGGCUAAAAUUAGAAGCGGGCGGUCGAGGAUAGCAGUGAAUUUUUUCAACAAACCAACUCCCCAGAUGAACUCCGUCAGAGCCACCAACAGGAGACCCAGGCGAGUGUCGAGGCCGCGCCCGGUCCAGCCCGAACGGAACAACGGGGAUAGAGAUGAGGAGGCUCCUGCAGCAGCUGCAGCAGAAAUGGCUAUUGAGGAGUCCGGACCAGGAGCUCAGAACAGUCCCUACCAGCUUCGUCGUAAGACCCUACUCCCCAAGAGAACCGCUGCUGCCUCUGCCACCGCCUCUGCCUGCCUGAGCAAGGGCCCAAUGGAGGGAGCUUCCACUUCAUCAACAGAGGCCUUUGGUCAUCGAGCCAAGCGGGCACGGGUGUCCGGUAAGAGCCACGACCUGCCAGCAGCCCCAGCAGAGCAAUAUCUGCAGCAGAAGCUUCCAGAUGAGGUUGUUUUGAAAAUUUUCUCAUACUUACUGGAACAGGACCUCUGUCAGGCAGCUUGUGUCUGCAAGAGAUUCAGCCAGCUAGCAAACGACCCCAUUCUGUGGAAGCGCCUAUACAUGGAGGUAUUUGAGUACACACGUCCUAUGAUGCACCCUGAGCCAGGCCGGUUCUACCAGGUCAGCCCUGAGGAGCAUGAACAUCCAAACCCCUGGAAGGAGAGCUUCCAACAGCUGUACAAAGGUGCCCAUGUAAAACCAGGCUUUGCCGAGCACUUCUACAGUAACCCUGGCAGAUACAAAGGCAGGGAGAACAUGCUGUACUACGACACCAUUGAAGAUGCACUAGGUGGGGUACAAGAAGCCCACUUUGACGGCCUCAUCUUUGUCCACUCUGGUAUCUACACAGACGAGUGGAUUUACAUAGAGUCGCCCAUCACCAUGAUUGGUGCAGCUCCUGGGAAAGUCGCUGACAAGGUGGUGAUAGAGAAUACAAGAGAUUCAACAUUUGUCUUCAUGGAGGGUUCAGAGGAUGCCUAUGUGGGAUACAUGACCAUUAGGUUUAAUCCUGAUGACAAGUCUGCGCAGCACCACAACGCCCACCACUGUCUGGAGAUCACAGUCAACUGCAGCCCCAACAUCGACCACUGCAUCAUCCGCUCCACGUGCACAGUUGGUUCAGCAGUGUGCGUCAGCGGCCAGGGGGCGUGUCCAACCAUCAAACACUGCAACAUCAGUGACUGUGAGAAUGUAGGACUCUACAUCACAGAUCAUGCACAGGGCAUUUAUGAAGACAAUGAAAUCAGCAACAACGCUCUAGCGGGAAUUUGGGUGAAAAACCACGGUAAUCCCAUCAUCAGACGGAACCACAUUCACCACGGGAGAGAUGUCGGAGUGUUCACCUUCGACCACGGCAUGGGCUACUUUGAGAACUGUAACAUCCAUAGAAACCGCAUCGCAGGCUUCGAGGUGAAAGCCUACGCCAACCCCACGGUGGUCCGCUGUGAGAUCCAUCACGGCCAGACCGGGGGCAUCUACGUCCACGAGAAGGGGAGGGGGCAGUUCAUAGAAAAUAAAAUCUAUGCCAAUAACUUCGCCGGUGUUUGGAUCACGUCGAACAGUGACCCGACGAUACGGGGAAACGCUAUUUUUAACGGUAACCAAGGAGGAGUGUACAUAUUUGGAGAUGGGCGGGGAUUGAUAGAGAGUAACGAUAUCUAUGGCAACGCCUUGGCGGGAAUUCAGAUCCGAACCAACAGCUGUCCCAUCGUACGGCACAACAAGAUCCACGAUGGGCAACACGGCGGCAUCUACGUGCACGAGAAAGGUCAAGGGGUGAUCGAGGAGAACGAGGUUUACAGCAACACACUGGCUGGAGUCUGGGUGACAACAGGCAGCACUCCCGUUCUCCGCAAGAACCGCAUCCACAGCGGCAAACAGGUCGGCGUAUAUUUCUAUGACAAUGGGCACGGUGUGUUGGAAGACAACGACAUCUACAAUCACAUGUACUCUGGUGUGCAGAUAAGGACGGGAAGUAACCCAAAGAUUCGUCGGAACAAGAUAUGGGGAGGCCAGAAUGGAGGGAUUUUAGUCUACAACUCAGGUCUGGGCUUCAUCGAGGACAAUGAGAUCUUCGACAACGCCAUGGCCGGAGUGUGGAUCAAAACCGACAGUAACCCCACACUGAGGCGGAAUAAGAUCCACGACGGCAGAGACGGAGGCAUCUGCAUCUUCAACGGAGGCAGAGGUCUUCUGGAGGAGAACGACAUCUUCAGGAACGCUCAAGCCGGCGUCCUCAUCAGCACUAACAGCCAUCCGAUCCUCCGAAAGAACCGUAUUUUUGACGGCUUCGCUGCAGGUAUUGAAAUCACUAACCACGCCACAGCCACUCUGGAGGGCAACCAGAUCUUCAACAACAGAUUCGGAGGUCUUUUUCUGGCCUCAGGAGUCAACGUGACCAUGAAAGAUAACAAGAUCCUGAAUAACCAGGACGCCAUUGAGAAGGCUGUGAGCAGAGGACAGUGUCUCUACAAGAUCUCCAGCUACACCAGUUACCCCAUGCACGACUUCUAUAGGUGUCACACUUGUAAUACGACAGAUAGGAACGCCAUCUGUGUUAACUGCAUCAAAAAAUGCCACCAAGGACACGAUGUAGAGUUUAUACGGCACGAUCGGUUUUUCUGUGACUGUGGAGCAGGAACGUUGUCCAACCCGUGCACGCUGGCCGGAGAGCCCACACACGACACGGACACUCUGUAUGACUCGGCGCCACCUAUCGAGUCCAACACGCUGCAACAUAACUGAAGGCGCGUCUUGGAGUUCACGCUUUCACACAGACACAUUUUACAUUGCACACAUCACACUUACACACACACACGCACACAAUCGCACACAGCUAUAUACACACGUCCACCUGCAGCCAUACGGACCCAGAGAGACUCUGACUUCGGCGCUCUCGUAUGGGAUCGAGGUGAACGAGGCUGCAGAGGAAGCAGCUUCGGGCCCGCUGCCGUCGGACGCUGCAGCGCAGGCCGACUCCACUAGAGGGAGCAGUGGAGCAGAGUGUAGACUGACACAACAGCCACAAGAGAUUCCUCAGUCGAGUAUUUCUGAUGCAGUCUGUAGAAAAGAGACGACGGGGAGAGAGGGGCAGCGAUGAGGGGCCGACCAGACCCCCCCGGUGUUAACCCUCGGCCCCUUCCUCUUCCUCCUCCUCUUCUUCUUCACAAGAUCUGCCGUCAAAGAGACUUCCUGCUUCCUCGCAGCUGCCAUCCCCAUUGGCUGCCCAGGCAGUUGUAACUAGGCAACCGAGGGGGGGUGUUGCUCUGUUGUGUGUGGAUAAAAAGCAAGAUUGUGUGUGUGAUGGAGCACUUGGGCUUUUUUAAAAAAAAUAUGUUCUGAUCAAUGGAUUUUAUUUCAAUGCUUUAUCAUGUAGUUUUGUAUUUUCAAGCAAAAAGCUGACUGUAUUUGAAUGUCUUUUAUUUUAUUAUAUUAUUAUUAUUAAUAUUAUUAUUAUUAUAAUUAUUUUUGUUCGGUUAGCGUCCCUCGUCCCACCCCGACACCCACUGCAGAAACUCAGUCGUCCCAGUGAUGAAGUUCUUUCUGUGAAAGAGAAUCUCAUUUAACACUACAAACCCUCUCCAGUAUAUCCGCUUAACGGCAGGUGGAGGGGCUCCACAGUUGUAUAAAGGUGUGUGAGUGUGUGUGUGUAUAUGUGUGUUGUGUACCAGUGCAGGUUGUGUGUGUGUAUAUGUUUAUAAGUUGAUGCAGUCAGUGUUGUGUGGAGAGGGUUUCAAUAGGAGGCGUUAGAACUCCUCUCAACUGGAACCGAUGAGUCCAUCUGCAGCCCCCGCCCUGUCCCCCCCCCGCCCUGUCCCCCCCAUCCUCCCCCGUGUAUCGUGGUGACUGUGGCUCCUCAUGCAGCCUGAAUCGUAUGCAUGUACCAUAACAUCUAGACUUAAUAUAUUGUGAAGUAUUCAAUAACCAUUAUGUAGAUGCUAGUUGGAAUUCAAAAAGGGGUAUACUUUCUUAGAAAGACAAAAAAGAAAUCAGGAAACUGGCCAUUUCUAAGAAAAUAAAACUUUAUUAGAUCAGAA